CCUGGUUUAAAAAUUUUAAUUUUUUGAUAUGUAAUGAAUCGGCAGAGGCUAUUCACCUCCGACCAAGAUCUGUACACUGAUGCUAGGACCAAAGAAAUUGUCCAGAGCUUGUCUGCUGAUGAGACGCAGUAUCUUGAGAAAUUCGUGCAUUCGAUGAUUAAAAUGUGGACAACUGAGCGUGUUGACUGGGAAACAAGGAGAAAUUCGUGCAAAUUGCUCGGUGAUGAAUUUCGAUAAUAAGCUUUUGGCUUCUGUAGUGGAAGAUGAAGCAGAGGAGGCCUGGUCUGAGUUGAAAUAAGGGCUGUUUAAUUUGGAUGUUUAAUUUCUGGCUGCAUUUUCCUGUGUUUUAUCAAUGUCCUUUAUUUGCCAGUGGGGUUUGUAACUUUGUAUAUUAUCUAUCUGUUAAAUAUAGUGAACUAAUUACU